CAAAGAGAGAUCCUCAUUGACAAAUCUAACCAGCUGUCAGUGUCUUAAAUCUUAACCUACCGCUGGCCUAGGGGGGCAAUAAUCAGAUCAACUUUGAGGAUACGGUCAGUGAAUGAUCCACAGCAGAGAGGAGAUCAUCAGCAACCCCUGAACUGAACAACUGUGGUCUGAGGCAGCAACAUUCACGUCGCUUCGUUUAAAACAAAAUAAAUCCAUACGUGUUCCUGUGACAGGUUUUUAUGGAGGCUGUUUUGAGCUGCAAACCAGAGGACUUGGAGGAUUACUACGGGUUGUUAGGAUGUGAUGAACUGUCAUCGACUGAACAGAUUCUCAAUGAAUACAAGAUCCGAGCCUUGGCCUGUCACCCAGACAAACACUUAGACAACCCAAGAGCAGUGACAGAUUUCCAAAAGCUGCAGGAAGCCAAAGAAGUGUUAUGCAAUGAAACCAAAAGAAAGAACUAUGACCUGUGGAAAAGAAGCGGUGUUACUAUUCCAUUCCAUGACUGGCAAGCCUUGAAUGACUCAGUAAAAACUUCGAUGCACUGGGCUGUGAGAAAUAAGAAGGAACCAAUGUUGGAGGCCCCCAAACCAGAAGCUCCAGUCACUUCACAAGCUGAGUACUGUGAGGAAGAUGCACCAGGAAUCUCUUCAUGUGACGAUGUGCCAUCCUCAGGUGAUUACUGCCAUCGACGUUUCCGUUGGACUGCUGACUCACCAUCUAGUCUGCUGCAGAAGUUUAGAAAUUAUGAAAUAUAAAUGUGUUCAGAAUAUGUGUCUGUGCAUCGCUGUCGUCACGUAUAGACUUGGGAGCCUGUUAAAUGUGGAGUCUGUGAUUCAGGAGAAAGAUCUCAUAUCCCUUCCUUUCCCCCGUCAUGCGCACGAGGACGAACUUGCACAAACUCUACUAACGCCGUUUUUAAAAUGGUUAAUAGUCUAUAAGGAGACAUUCACUGAAUUAGGCCUGAAGUGCAUUUGAUUAGAACCACAAACUCCUCCUUUAACUGUGGCAGGUUUUGUGCAUGUGUCCCGUGACUCCACUGAAUCUUGUGGAAAUAGUGAGCUGUUGUGAAUGUGUCUGCUGUAAGUGUGAAACAAUAUGUUCUGUGAAUAUAUUAUGAUGCUGGUUCACUUGCUUUGCUAUUGCGUUUUUAUGUUCCCUAACGCACAAUGGAGGCGUAAUUAUGCCUGAUCCUGAAGUACCUUUAAUGCUGUCAUGUGUUUUUCUGUGUUGCUGAUGUUGGGAACAUAAUACUGAAACAUGCCAUAUACACUGUUUUGAUUAUGUUUGUUAUUUAAUGGUAAUGCCAUGUUGCUUCUUUGAAUUGGAACAUUUACUUUGCCGCUAUUGUGGAUUUGCAUUACAUUUUCAGUGACUUUUGGUCUGAAUUUAGUGCUCCAGACUUUCUUUUUUUCCUUUUGCACAGAUGCGAUGGGGUUUUAUCAGAUGUAAUUCAGACCAUCUGACCAACCAACAGACAAAUAUGACACUUUAUUCUGCAGAAACCCACAAAUUCUUUAUUUUACUUUGAACACAACCUGAAAUGGAGACAAGGUUCCAAAUCUUUAAAUAAAGUGUACCUGUGAAA